CCUCCCUCUCUAUUUGCGAUCGCCUCCUGGAUCACCGACUCCAGCAUUCCCUUCUUGGCCGUCUUCGCGACGUUUGGGAGGGGAACGAAGACGUCGUCAUCUCUUCUCCGGCAGCUUCGGUCGGCGAAGGGAGCUCCAUUCUCGGAACUUCUCCAAUCCCUUUUCCUUGGGAAAUCCCGCGGCAUCGUUUCUGGUUAGGGCCGGCCCCGCCCCAAAAGCCUGAACUACGCCGCUGUGGAGUGGGGACAAGGGAUUUGGGAUACGUUUACGGCUGGGAUGAGGUGAGAAAUAGCUGAGAGCUGAGGAAUAGCUGUCAAGUGAUCACACCUCCAUUGCCUACGAUUUUUGGAUCGUAUCACAUAUAGCUUGUAGAUAGUUGGUGCAUAACUGGAGGUAACAAUGGAGGGAGAGGGGAAAGUUGUUGACCUGAAUAGAACAAAUGAUGUCUUGGAACCUGAUACAGGCAUUAAGGGAGGGCUCUGUGUGCCUAGCAAGGACAAGUUACUAUAUAGACCUCCCGAGAGAAAAUCAACUUUAGGUUUGGAUAUGCUUGCCUGUGCGAAAAGAGGAUCAAAAGGUGAUGGCUUUAAAGUUCCUGCCGAAAGACAAAUUUCGGCCAUUAGUUCUAUAGAUAUGGAUGAAGACGUGAUCGUCGAGAAGUCUGGUUCUUCUAUAAUAGAAGAUUCUACAAGUGGUUCACCUCGUGGUGAAAGCGGUCGUGCUUCUCGUCGCUACCGUGGAACUGGUGCUGAAGAGAAAUCAUGCUCGGAAUCUACUGUAACACAUGAAGGUGAAGGAGGAUAUACUUCUCGCAGACAGCGAGCAAACGAAACUCCACACCGUGAGGCCUCCACUCCCAGAAGUUCCCGGAGUUUUCAGUCCUAUAGUCCUGAUUAUGAUGAGGAAAACAACAAGCAUAGAUAUCAUAGUGAUAGAGGGUAUUUCAAAAGAAAAGAUGAGAAGGGGAGACCCAGCCAUCAGCAGAAGGAUGCUACAGAUCGUGCAAGGAAAAGGAAUCGGCAUGAACAUGUUUCAAGAACACCUGUUAGAUCUGAUUGGGAUGAUGGGAGGUGGGAAUGGGAAGAUACUCCACGUCGAGAUAGUCGAGAUAGUUAUUCUAUGUCUCGUAGGGACCUGCGUCCUUCACCAUCUCCUAUGUUGGCAGGGGCAUCCCCUGAUGCACGCUUAGUUUCUCCAUUGUUGGGUGGCUUCACACCUCGUUCUGCAGCUUCUCCAUGGGACAGUAUCUCUCCUUCUCCAAUCCCUAUACGUGCUGCUGGCUCAAAGAAAUCUUCAGACUCACGUCAAAGUGGAAAAUCACAUAUGCCUACUUUUUCUCUUUCAGCAAGUUCUGAGGGCCAUGGCGCUGAUCGAGACUCUGUAGAUCAAGACUCUUACAGAGAUUAUGAGAUCACUGAGGAGAUGCGUCAAGAAAUGGAUUAUAAUGCUGAUCGUGCAUGGUAUGACAGAGAAGAACACAACACAAUGUUUGACACUGAUAGCUCAUCAUUCUUUCUUGGAAAUGACACUUCUUACCAGAAGAAAGAGGCGGAGUUGGCAAAGAAAUUGACUCGCAAGGAUGGAACUCUGAUGACACUUUCCCAGAGCAAAAAGUUAUCACAGUUAACUUCCGAUAAUGCUCAGUGGGAAGACAGACAGCUUUUGAGAUCUGGAGCUGUUAGAGGAACAGAGGUGCAGACAGAGUUUGAGGAUGAGGAUGAGCGCAAAGUUAUUCUUCUGGUUCAUGAUACAAAGCCUCCUUUCUUGGACGGGAGGGUGGUAUAUACAAAGCAGGCUGAACCUGUGAUGCCUAUAAAAGAUCCCACAUCAGACAUGGCUAUAAUUGCACGCAAAGGCUCUGUUUUAGUUAGAGAGAUUCAUGAAAAACAGAGUAUGAACAAGUCACGCCAACGAUUUUGGGAGCUAGCUGGAUCAAAACUUGGUGACAUAUUAGGGGUUCAGAAGACAGCUGAGCAGGUUGAUGCAGAUACUGCAGUUGUAGGAGAUGAGGGAGAAGUUGAUUUUAAGGAGGAUGCAAAGUUUGCACAGCACAUGAAAAGCAAGGGUGAAGCAGUCAGUGAUUUUGCCAAGUCAAAAUCUCUUUCACAGCAAAGACAGUAUCUCCCAAUAUAUUCUGUCCGUGAGGAAUUGUUGCAGGUAGUCCGUGAAAAUCAGGUGAUUGUUGUUGUUGGAGAAACUGGUUCUGGAAAGACAACACAACUGACACAGUUUCUUAAUGAAGAUGGAUAUACUAUUACUGGCAUUAUUGGUUGUACACAACCUAGACGUGUAGCAGCCAUGAGUGUUGCAAAACGAGUCAGCGAGGAGAUGGAGACAGAGUUAGGUGAUAAAGUUGGCUACGCAAUUCGCUUUGAGGAUGUUACUGGUCCAAAUACUAUAAUAAAGUAUAUGACAGAUGGAGUACUUCUGCGUGAAACAUUGAAGGACUCUGACCUUGACAAAUAUCGAGUUGUUAUCAUGGAUGAAGCACAUGAGAGAUCGCUAAGUACUGAUGUGUUGUUCGGCAUACUAAAAAAGGUGGUUGCUCGGAGACGUGACUUCAAGCUCAUUGUGACGUCUGCGACAUUAAAUGCUCAAAAGUUCUCCAAUUUCUUUGGAAGCGUGCCAAUUUUCCACAUUCCUGGGAGGACAUUUCCUGUGAACAUCUUGUAUAGCAAAACACCUUGUGAAGACUAUGUAGAAGCUGCAGUGAAGCAGGUGAUGACUAUCCACAUCACCAGUGCUCCUGGUGACAUCCUCAUUUUCAUGACAGGACAGGAUGAGAUUGAAGCAACCUGCUAUGCUCUUGCCGAACGUAUGGAGCAGCUGACUGCAUCCACAAGCAGGGCAGUCCCCAAGCUUCUCAUACUGCCUAUCUACUCUCAGCUGCCAGCUGACCUGCAAGCAAAGAUUUUUCAGAAAGCUGAAGAUGGGGCUCGCAAAUGCAUUGUUGCAACCAACAUUGCUGAGACAUCACUUACAGUGGAUGGUAUCUUCUAUGUCAUAGACACAGGGUAUGGUAAGAUGAAGGUCUACAAUCCUAGGAUGGGUAUGGAUGCUCUUCAAGUGUUUCCAGUCAGCCGAGCAGCUGCUGACCAGCGGGCUGGACGAGCAGGGAGGACAGGCCCCGGGACAUGCUAUCGGUUGUACACAGAGACAGCAUACCAAAAUGAGUUGCUCCCCAACCCUGUGCCUGAGAUCCAGAGAACUAAUCUGGGGAAUGUGGUUUUGUUGCUCAAGUCCUUAAAAAUUGAAAAUCUCUUGGAUUUUGACUUUAUGGACCCUCCUCCGCAAGAGAACAUUCUGAAUUCCAUGUAUCAGCUCUGGGUGUUGGGUGCAUUGAAUAAUGUGGGUGGUCUUACAGACAUAGGCUGGAAAAUGGUUGAGUUCCCUUUAGAUCCGCCUCUUGCCAAAAUGUUGUUGAUGGGAGAGCAGCUUGGAUGCAUAAACGAAGUGUUGAUAAUCGUGUCUAUGCUCUCGGUACCAUCGGUUUUCUUUCGACCAAAGGACCGAGCAGAAGAGAGUGAUGCAGCAAGGGAGAAAUUCUUUGUCCCAGAAUCUGACCACCUGACUCUUUUAAAUGUUUACCAGCAGUGGAAAGCAAACCAGUAUCGUGGGGACUGGUGCAAUGAUCACUUCUUGCAUGUGAAAGGGCUUCGGAAGGCCAGAGAAGUUCGGUCCCAGCUACUAGACAUACUCAAGUCCUUGAAAAUUCCUGUGACUUCAUGUGGGAUGGAUUGGGAUGUGGUGAGGAAGGCAAUCUGUUCUGCAUAUUUCCACAAUUCUGCCAGGCUAAAAGGCAUUGGUGAGUAUGUCAAUUGCCGGAAUGGAAUGCCUUGCCAUCUGCAUCCCAGCAGUGCGCUAUAUGGACUUGGAUAUACUCCAGACUAUGUGGUUUAUCAUGAACUCAUACUGACAACGAAAGAGUACAUGCAAUGUGCGACCGCAGUUGAGCCUCAGUGGCUGGCAGAGUUGGGGCCCAUGUUUUUCUCUGUUAAGGAGUCGGAUACAUCCAUGCUCGAGCACAAAAAGAAGCAGAAGGAAGAGAAGACAGCCAUGGAGGAGGAGAUGGAAAAUCUGAGGAAGGAGCAAGCUGAAAUGGAGAGGACAAGCAAGGAGAGAGAGAAGGAGAAAAGGGCAAGGCAACAGCAGCAAGUUGUAAUGCCAGGCUUGCGGCAGGGUUCUUCCACUUAUCUGAGACCCAAAAAAAUGGGAUUAUAGACAAGUUUUUGCAGUCAAAGUGCUGCCUUUCUCCUGUACGAUAUGAAAAUUAGUUGGACGAUAAUACAUCUGUACAUUGUCAUAUUGUUUCUUUAUGAGACUACACUAGAAUCACCGUUGCCUUUUUCCCCAAGUUUUAAAGGCCGUCUUCAAUAUACAUACUAUUUUUUGUUUUAUUAAUAGGUGUUAUUGAUUGCAGAAAGAUGGCGGCUCUCCGGAUUGACGUUACGUGCAAUGUGGUGUUAUGUACUUUUUGUAGACACAGAUAUUUAACUAUGAUUACCUGUCACUAGAUAAAGCAUUACAAUGUUCAA